GGUGCUCGGGUGCGCCAGCGAGUGCCGUGCGCGUUUGCACCAUGCGCGGCUACAUGCUGGCCCUGUGCGCGAGCGCGUUCCUGGACGCCGCGGACGGCACGUACUUCGGGUGUUUUUCGGUCGUUCGAGACGGACCUCGGCUUCCACCUCAAAGAGUUCGCGCUUAUGCAGGCCUUGAUGAGCGGCUCUGGGCUGAUAUUCAAUCCCAUGUGGGCGAUUAUUGUAGACCACCAAUUGCUUGGUGUGAACGGAGUCAUGGCCAUUACUUCACUUGGCUGGGGCGUCACCACCCUGGUCCUGGGAGUUUUUGCUCAUAGCAUCGGCGGGGUGAUCAGCCUGCGAUUUGUGAACGUGAUGUUCCUCUGCAGCGGAAUGCCCGUGGGACAGCACAUCGUCAGCAGUCUGAUUCCGCCAGGAAGGCGUGGCACCGCGUUCAGCGUCAUUGGCGUCUGCGGUUCGGUUGGCGUCGUCGCGAGUACGAAGUUGUCCACCACGGUUUCCGAGCUCCGCAUAUUUGGCAUGAUUGGUUGGCGUUUUGGGCUUGUCACCAUCGGUGUGGCGAGCGUACUGUUUUCAAUGUUUAUCCCGUGUUGUUUGCGGCACGAUGCCGCGGACCAGAAGUCAUCCAGACCAGAAGGCGAAGGCGUCUUGGCGGAGGUGAGGCAGAACCUUCGAGAUUUCAGUCGCAUCCGAAGCUUCUGGGACAUCGCCUUGUUUUGCAGCAUGUACCAGGUGAGCUUACAGGCGAUGAUGUACUCGGCCAUGUGGCUCCAGUACCGAGGGCUGUCCAACGCGCAGGUCGGGACUCUGAUUGCGUGGGAUUCUACUGGCGUUACCAUGGGCCACUGGGCAUUCGGCGCCCUCAGCGACGUCGUCGCGAAGCGGUAUUCGCUGCGAGGCCGCUUGUUGCUUGGGCAGGUGUGUUGCGGGUCCAUCGUGCCGCUGUCGUUGAUUUUGUUUGGGAUGGCACCAAGCGCGUCGGGCUCGGCCGCGACCGCUGGAGUCUUGUUUUUUACCCUCGGCUUCUUCGAAGGUGGAUGGAGUGUGGGGGUGAAUCGUGUAGUCUUAACGAUGGUGGUCCCAAAGAGCCAGGCUUCUUCGCUGAUGGCAUGGAAGAGCGUGCUCGAGCAGCUGUGCGGGAUGCUCAUUGUGCCAGUGUUGGUGGGGCUGUCUGCAUGGAGACACGGUUACGAGUCCUCGGAUCUGCCAGCCUCACAGACGCCACCAGCGCACAUGGCGAAAAACGCCACCGCGCUGUCCAGCAUGCUCAGAGAGUGUGUUGCGUUGUCGCACGUCGGCAUGUUUCUUGUAUAUUUCGUCAUGCACUGGCACCUCGAGAAGGACAUUGACGACCUCGACGCAAGGGAGAGCGUCCCCGUAACUGAUGCCAAGAAGGCUGAAUACCGUUUCGCGGCAAUCGGCGCGGCGACAGCUUGGUCAGACAGUCCAGCCCCCCAGUCCGUUGCAGGAGGCACGUGCAGCAAGGACCGCGAGGGUUGUGUCGAGGAUUAG